CAAAUAGGCCUUACAUACAAAAUGAAGAUAUAUAUUCCCAUGCUUAAAUUAGAACAACUUGGAUAUGAAAUAUUAUCUUGUUGACUAUCUUUUGACUUCAGUUCAUUUUUCACUCCUUUCAUUCCAAGACGUUACCUAUAUCAUCUAUACACCACGGGAACAAUGAUUCGUCAAGCAUUGGUUAUAGCUGUUUUAUUCCUGGUAAAUUAUUGCAACGGAUCCUCUCUCCAGCUGAAACCGUAUGCCGAUACAGCAAUCGUGAUGUUUUUACACAGUGAUUUAGACCAGGAUGGACAUCUUAAUAUGUCAGAAAUACGUGAAACAUUCGUAAAAUACGACUUAAACGGAGAUGGAUUUGAGACAAGAUACGAGUAUACUGAAUUCAUUUGCAACACAACCCCUUCGUUAUAUCCACUGUCGCAUUAUCUCUUUGACGAGUACAAUCUCAAUAAUGACCACGUCCUCACAGAUGAAGAUUAUGUCGCCAUGUUUGACAACAUGAAUCCAAAUAAGGAUGAUUACAUAACACCAGCUGAAUUCAUUGCCUACUGGGAAAAUAUUUUGCCAAAGUACGAAAAUAUCGAGUUGCAUGAAGAAACAUGGAGUCACGGUGCCUCCGCCUGUCACCCAACAAAUACAGCUCCAUAAUCUCUCUGGAAUUUCGUCGCUGUGAAUUAUCUAUUUCAAUUUAUUUACUGAUAAUAAAUGUCAUAGUGUUUAGAAAA